AUCAUUUGGGUCCUGGCGUUCAGGUGAGGUUCCGUUAGCAGGGCGUGGUUCUGUCUGGAGGUUCUGGUCGGUUCGGUAGCAGCGCCAGUAAAAACUAACUACGUCCCUCUUUAAAUGAUUGGAGUGGACAGAGUUUUUCCUUAACAUGUGGCUCUGGUGCCGGGUUUGGGUCAGAACUGUAGAACCCGGGUCCUGAUGAGAGGAACAUGGAACUGAAUCAGAUUCAAAGUUUCAGAACUUUCUGAUCCACCUUUGAUCCCCAACAGCAGCAGGACCAAACUGGGUCAGAACCAGCCAGGAGGAUAAACACACUGUCCAUUAAGACCAGAACCAGGUUGACCCAGCAGGAGGUUCUGUAGAAACAUCACUAGCAGUGACGGCCUCGGAGGUCCUCAGAGACCAGACGGCGGUGCGCCUGGCCUACCGGAGGGAGCAGCGGACCGACUGGGUCAUGAACAACUGGGGCAACAGGAACGGCCGAGUCGGGGAGUUGGUCGACCUUCUGGAGUCUCUGCAGCUUUUCAGGCCGCGGGACAUCAUCCUGAGCUGGAUGUGGAACCUGAGUCGUCCUCUUGCUCUUCCUCCUGCUCUUCCUCCUCCUCCGUACGAACCGUCAGCAGCUCAGUCCACAGCUGAGUGUCCAGAAAGGAAACCGCUGCCUGGCCCGGCCCCGCCCCCUGACAACCUGUUCUCUGAGAACCACCAGCCGCCUCCCAGGCCCCCCGCCGCUACUGAUGAUGUCAUGCCUCCAUCGCCAUGCAGCGCCAUCACCACCAUCAUCUGCUGGACAUAUGAAGAGGUGCAUGCUGGGACGCGAGGCUUCUCCCCCAGCCUUCAGGUCGGGGAGGGUGGCUUCGGCGUUGUUUACCGAGCAACGCUCAGCAACAUGGACUGCGCCGUCAAGAGACUCCGACAGGACGGCCAGAUGGACUGGACUCUCCUCAGGAAAAGCUUCCAGACUGAAGUGGAGAACCUGUCGAAGUUCAGACAUCCCAACAUCGUAGACCUGCUGGGCUUCAGUGAAGGAGAGGGAGGACUGAUGUGUCUGAUCUACAGCUACAUGCAGAACCGCUCCCUGGAGGACCAGCUGCAGAACGCGCUGGGUCUCUCGUGGCCUGACCGGAUCAGCAUCAUUGAAGGCGCGGCAGCAGCUCUUCAGUUCCUGCACCACCCGCCGUUGCGUCAAGAGCCGCUGAUCCAUGGAGACGUCAAGAGUUCCAACAUCCUGCUGGACCAGCAUUUGGUACCAAAGCUUUCAGACUUCGGUCUGGCCCGGUACGUACCGCAGAACGCGGCCGGCUGCUCGACGCAGACGGCUUCUGUCGGCAAAACCACGACAGUCAGAGGAACGCUGGCCUAUCUGCCCGACGAGUACGUGAGGAGAGGAGAGCUGUGCACGGCGGUGGACGUCUACAGCUUUGGAGUGGUGCUGCUUGAGGUUCUGACGGGCCGCCGAGCUCUGGAGCAGGACGGGAGGUCUGGAGACCGAUACCUGGUGAGAGCAUUCACCUGGGGUCAUGUUGACCUGUUGGUAUGUUGACCUGUUGACCUGUUGACAUGUUGACAUGUUGGUAUGU